AUGUAUCCACUUUUUGAGGACUGUUAUGAAUGUUACUCGUUUCAAUUCUAUGGUGAAUUGUGCUACACCAUUGAGGACCAUUUGAAGAAUUUGAAGGGAUUUUUGUGGAAAUAUGGCUGUGGGACGGAUCACUUGGAUUCUGUUAGGAUUUCUGAGGUGGAUCUGGGUAAGGUAUCCCGUUCAGAACUAUCUGAACUCAGAGAGGUUGUCCCUCUUCUACAUGAUGAUAUCAUGCAUGUACACGUGGACACUCAAUUGGGUACAAAUCCAUGGGGUUUAAAAGAUGUAACAGGUUGCAUGGAUGGCCAACAUUCUCUCCUUUAUGAUGGAAGGAAAUCUUCAGCUGAUGUUUCUAUUAAUGAAGGGGCUGUAUUUCUCUCUUCAUUUAGUCGUUUUACCUGUUGCAAAUGCUCAAGUGCGACAUUAAAUGCUCUGAGGUGGUUUACAGCUAAUAGUAGGCCAAGUAACCCAAGGGUUUGGGAUAGAUUACACUAAAGAAAGUAUGUGGUGGAUGGUGGGUGCCCUCAAUAUUACAUAUAUCAAUCUUCUUCUAGAGUAUGUUUAACUAGUGCUGUGUUGGAAUUUGGUGUUGAAAUUUUUGUGAACAGGUUUGCUUUAUGGAAAAAGGAAUAUUAAUAAUAAUAAAAAAGGGUGAAGAAUUUUACAAUGAGUUUCCCAGUUGAGAUUGAAAUAUUUUCAAGUUACAUGGACAUGGUUUGUUGCCUGGCUCCUUCUCCAGUAUUCCCCUGGCCUUUUUUUGGAGUGCAUUGGGUGGAGACAACCAUUUAAAGAGCUUUUUUAAAACAUUUAAGUUUGAUGGAUGUUGCACCUAGCUUUUGCUUAAAUAUACAUGUUUACGGAAUUGACCUUUCGGAGAAUCUCUUAGUACAGGCCUUUGUAACCUAAGAUUGGACAUUUGUUUCAGAAUGUUUUCUAUUGGUUCGUUUAGUUGGUCCUUGUGCAUUCUACUGAUGUAUUUCCACUUGUUCUCCAUUUUGAAAGACAUGUUGCAUUGAAGGUUGCAUUUUUGUGGACACAGAAUGACCUUUCUCUGUGGUAUGUUUUUUUUUUUUUUUUUCUGAGUUGUAGGCCAUGAGCCAUAGGCAAGUCACAUUUUGACACAAGGUUGGGAAUGCAAGGCAAUGUGAACUGAGGAUACAAAGCCUUGAUGGAAACCUAAACUGUGCCUUCAUAGUUCAAGCAUCAUAGCCAUUGGCUUUAGUGUCUUGUUUUGAACCAAAGAUUUAUUGGCUUAGUGUCUUCUUUUUCACUCUAACGGACUUACUAGCCCCAGAGCGGAAUGAAAACAUAUGAUUCAUGCAACGGACCCCAAAUAGUUGGGAAAAAGCUUUGGGUGGUGAUGGUUGUAGGCUCAUAGCCUCGAUGGUGAUGGUGGUUACCCACCUGGCCUAAUGCCCUAAAUAUCAAGCACAGUUCUUGGUUGGGUCGGUUUCACCCAAAUUUUUUGUGGCCUACCUAUGUUAAAUGUUCUCUUCUUUUGAGCCCGUUUGGCCUUGUUGUUUCAGCCAAAGCUGAAAACUGUUGUAAAUAUUUGACUCAUUUAUAUAAAACUCGCUUAACCUUCCAAAGAAAAAAAUAAGAAGAUUAACAAUGGGAUUUUAGAGGCAAUAUGGAGGUGGUGAUAUGACCAUGACUUUUGAGUCACUUUCAUAUUUUAAGUCUGUUAGAAGUUGAAAAUAUAUUAUUUUGGCUUAAAAAAUUGUUUCUGGUCAUUUUAUACUAUGAAAAUCUGAGCGCUUGUAUUUUUAGUUCUGGUUAUGUUUGUGAUAUUUUUGUAGUAAUGGGUUCAAUAGAUUCCUCUCAUAACCCGAGUCAUGACGGUUGAAUCGAGAGAUUAAUUAAAAGAUUUAUUUGACUUUUCACAAAUAUCAAAAUCUAUUGGAGUAGUUAAUAAAUAGAGAGCCCGUGCUCUUAUCAUGGGAAGACUCUUGGUAUCACUAUUCUUAUUGUAUGGGUCUGUAUAUAAAGGAAAAAUUUUCACUAAUUCUGCCAAAUAGAUAGGGUGAUUGAUUUGGUACGGUGGUAUAACUCAAACGGACAAGUAUGUGAUGAACACUGGUUCAAUGUUGAAACAUUCCCAAUGAGAGAAACCAAACUUUUUUCACUAGUUUAAGUAAUAAAGACAAACCUUAGGACAGGUCAUGGUAAUUUACCCAAUACAUAAAGAUUUGAGCUUCUAUAUAUAUAUAUCUUUGGGUAAAAGUAAAUUGUAUAAAUGAAGCAUACUGUACAAAGAUUUGAGCCAUGGACUCAUCAUCAAAAGGAGAAGGUCAUCUCAAUGCAAAUGAAAGAAGAGCUUUCUUGUCUGUUUAUGGCUCUCACUAAUGACAAGACCCGAGAAAAUGAAGCAACAGUCUACAGAUGAUGAAGCUGACUCAAACGCCGAUGAAAUCCAAGACUUGAUGGCUAAAUGUGAGAGUGGCUUUGAAGUGCCCAAGGAAAGGAAGUGAAAACCUAUAAAUUUAUUUAUUUAUUUUGUGUAAAAUAUGGUUUUAUAAAUUAGAUGGUUUUGGUCUAUUUAACAUUUGGUAAAUUAAUUUAAUGA